CUUCUCCGCAGUCCGCCCUAUAUAUUUCGCAACAGUAAAACGGAAGGAACCGGCCAAAGUUACGACGUCGCGAACCGUGUCGGAGAAAGCAAGCGAACCCAGAGAUCUCAUCUUCUCCCUUCGCUGUCCCCACCUUAUCCGCUCGUCGACUCCAACACAGUAAUUGAAGCAAUCCAAGGAUCUUUCUUUCGAGGAGGAGGAACAACGAUGGUUAAAGCAAAGCAUCAAAAGCACAAACCCAACAAACAAUCCCACAUCAAGAAGCAUGGAAAGCAGGGUGACAUUUCUGAGUUUCAUGCUCAGCUUGAUGCAUUAGGUUUAAAGAUUUUUCAAGUUACAGCAGAUGGUAAUUGUUUCUUCAGAGCGUUUGCAGAUCAGGUCGAAGGCAAUGAGGAGGAGCAUCAAAGGUACCGGAGUAUGGUGGUACAAUUCAUUUUGAACAAUCGCGAAAUGUUUGAGCCCUUUAUUGAAGAUGAUGUAUCAUUUGAUGAGUACUGCCAGUCCAUGGAAAAGGAUGGCACAUGGGCUGGAAAUAUGGAAUUGCAAGCGGCUUCUCUUGUUACUCGUACUAAUAUUUGCAUACAUCGAAAUAAGUCACCUCGUUGGUACAUACGAAAUUUCGAUAGCCAUGAAGCUCAGAUGGUCCAUUUAUCUUAUCAUGAUGGGGAACAUUAUAACAGUGUACGGUUAAAGGAAGACACUAGCAAUGGACCAGCUAGGCCAAUUAUUAUUAAGGCUGAUGCUGAUCUUUCAGCAAUAUCCUGCAAAGCAAAAGCUGCAGUGACAAAAUCAAAGGGGGGAGCUGGGAAAAACGUUAUCCAUGCUGAUUCCAUUAAAUUGGUCAUGGCUGGAAGUGGAUGUGAGGAUGCCAAAAAAGUUGAACAGAUUUUACAAGAAUUUGGUGGUGAUGUUGAUGCAGCAAAUGAGUUUCUCAUAGCAGAACAAGCCACAGCAGACUACUUGGCUGAAAGUGAUAAACUUUCUUGUCCGGCAGAUUCUUCUCAUGGCAUCUUUGAAAAUGGGAACUAUGAGCAGCAGACCGAAGAACUUAAAGACAAUUCAUGCAUGUCAGAACAAUCUUGUGAUAAGGAAACAACUCAUGAUAGUGAAAGUUCACAUAAGGAUGAGAAGAAAGUCGCAAGAAACAAGGUCUGUCCAUGUGGUUCAAAGAAGAAAUACAAGGCUUGUUGUGGAUCAGUUUCGGGGAGAUCCUCCAAAUUCACAAUCAUCCAAACAGUUGAUUACAGCAAGAGUCGGAAGGAUAGAAUGCAAGGUAAGAAAAGUGGAUCUAAAGAUGUCGCAAACUCGUGUGGGGGUGAAGGGGCGCCUGAUGUGGGUGCACUGUGUAUUUGAACGAUCUAUGGAGGUGGUGUUGCUAUUGCCAAGUGAAGAUCUUUAUGGGUUUUUCUUUGUAAUAUUUUCCCUUUUCUGUGGAACCAUGAAGUUUUCUAAUAGGGAAGAAGUCAGAUCUCUGUCAGCUAGAGUUUGUCAUUCACAUUUACAUCAAGAAAACAUGAAUUAUAUCCUGUGUCAGUGACGAUGUGUAUAGUAUCUGAGUUAAUAGUUAGAUGUUUCAUAAGUCUUCUGGGAGAAGGUCUAUAUGCUACUGCAAUCCAAAUUGAUCUGUUGCAGUGUCAGGUCAGUUAUGAAUUUCAUCUUAUUGUUCUGGCCAUAUUGUAGACGUUUUUUUCUGUUCGGGCAUGAAACACUUUGGUCUUGAUUGUCAUGCGUUAGCAAGUUCAAGUUUUCACCAGUGCCUCGUAAAUCUAAUUGAUUCUGCUUCAUAUUCUCCCGUUUUAAUACCAAAGGAAUCCCCUCUGAUUUUCCUCCCCAUAAACAGCAGCGUGCCAGAUCAUGAUUUGCUUAUCCAUCUAUUUAUCUCCAAUUAUAUUUCUGUGCCGUUCCUGUAUUUUGCAUUGUGUUUUCGGGACCUGAUUUGCUUUGCGUUCUUUGCAGUGACCAGAUGCGCUAAUAGGAUACGGUUCUCUAAGCUAUAGUCCCAGCUGAUGAAAUUGCUUUUCAGGUCUACUUGAUUUAUUUUCUCACUUGGGGAUGCACGAUUAUGUGCUUUACGUGUCGGACUACGAAGGAAAAACGUGAGGUGAGGGGUUGAACUUCCUACAAUCUGGCCUUUUUUGGGAAAUGGAUAGGAGGGGCGAAGAGGAAGCUGGAAUUCGCACUGAUAAGACUGAAAUGGCGGCAUCAUUUUUCGUACCCUUGGCUCCCAAGUCAUGGCUCAAUUGGUUUACCCUCUAGACCUCAAUUCAUUUCUGAAAGAAAGCGUGAUUGGAAUAUCUUCUUUCUCAGCUUCUUCAUCCUGUUAUGAUGAACUAAUGACAACGACAUGAGUGAAAUUUGUGAAAUUUCAAAAGGAUAUAGAAGACUUUCCAAGAAGAUUUGAGGCUGGUUUAUUUGAAUCUGAUCUCAGAAAGCGAAGAAGAGGUUGCGUUCAACAGGAAGUCUCUAUUUGGUUGUAGUUUCCAAAAUGGGUUUGCACGAAAGAUUAUAGAAACAUGUUUUUGUUGCUAGCUUUCUGUUGCUCCAUUUAGAGGGAUUUCCGCCAACUAAUUUCUCCGUACAAAUUCCGAAAAGGCUGCAGGCUUGCUAAUUCGGCUUCCUCCUUUCUUCUCAGCCAAGAAUCUGAAACUAUUGAAAUCACCUCGUUUGAUUAAAUAGCUUGAGGUGGUGAACAAAGUCUUUCAGCUUCCUUCAAGCCUUCACCCCAGAAACGGAUCCGGGGAUGGUGCCAAGCAGAUCCCUGUCGAAUGGGUGCAGGGUGCAUCUAGAUCAUCUAUUUUGGCAAUCAAUGGUCCGGACUCUUCCUUGGAACAAUUAGUUUUUAAUCCGGACCGUUGAAAAUACUUUUGUCCGGAUGCGCCUACACCUGUGGCAGGAACCGCUUGGCAGCAUCAGGGAGCCCAGCAAAGCUUUUCUACAUGCGAGAAACUUGACUUUGAGAAAGAAGGGGAUGCUCACUACAGCACGUCAGCAUCUUCCAAAGAUGUUUUCAAAUUCUUGAGAGCUAUUUGUUUUGCUGAAAAUGGAGAUGAUAUACUAACAAUCGAGUGAGUCUGUAUCUAACAAAAUACAGUUGUACUUCUUUCGUCCCAAUUUGUUUGUCCGUUCUGGAGUCCGUAACACUUUUAUAUUGCUUAUAACUUUAAAUUUUGUAUGCUUUUUUGUGCUU